CAAAAUCCAAAACAACCCAUUUUCCUCCACAUAUCCUUUUGAACAAACAAAACCCAUAGGCCCCAGUAUUUUCAAAACCCAUAUACCUCAUUAAAGUUUCAUCACACACUUUCUUGGAAAAAAGAAGAAGAAAAAUAAGCAGAGAAAAUGGCCUCCACAGCAUGUUUCUUGCACCCCCAUGCAGCAAUCUCUACCCCUACUAGAUCUCCAUCGGUACCACAGCGCCUUCUACCUAGCCUCAAAACCAGCCAGCUAAUCUGCAGGGCCCAGAAACAGGCUGUCCAAGAAGACAGCGCCGCUGCCGCUGCCGUGUCCCGGCGGUUGGCGCUGGGCGUGCUCCUUGGAGCUGCAGCCGUUGGUUCCAAGGUUUCACCCGCCGACGCUGCCUACGGCGAAUCCGCAAAUAUAUUCGGUAAGCCGAAGACAAACACAGACUUCUUGCCAUACAACGGAAAUGGAUUCAAGGUUCAGAUUCCAUCAAAAUGGAACCCAAGCAAGGAGGUGGAGUACCCAGGUCAGGUUCUGAGGUACGAGGACAACUUCGAUACCACCACCAACGUCGCCAUUAUGAUCACGAAAACCGAUAAGAAAUCCAUCACUGACUUUGGCUCUCCUGAAGAAUUCCUCUCAAAGGUUGACUAUUUGCUAGGGAAACAAGCCUACUCUGGCAAGACCGUGUCUGAGGGUGGUUUUGAUCCUAACGCGGUGGCGACGGCAAACAUAUUGGAGACAUCAACUCCGGUGAUCGGUGGGAAACCCUACUACUACUUGACGGUGUUGACAAGGACUGCUGACGGAGAUGAGGGCGGGAAGCACCAAUUGAUAACGGCCACCGUGUCUGAUGGUAAGCUGUACAUUUGCAAGGCCCAAGCCGGAGACAAGAGAUGGUUCAAGGGAGCUAGGAAGUUUGUCGAGAGCACAACUAACUCUUUUAGUGUUGCUUAAGCAACACUCCUACUAUUUACGUAAAACUGGAGGCCGCUUGUAUGUAUCGUAAAUCUUCAAGAAAUGGUGUUUGGUUGGGAUUUCUGGAACAUUCGUCCCAAAUUUCAGUGCUGUUCGUUUAAAGUAAGGAACCUAACACCGGGAA